GCCAGCAGCCGAGCUGGGGGCGCGGGCGGGCGGCAUGUACCGGGCCCGGGCGGCGCGGGCGGGGCCGGAGCCCGGCAGCCCGGGGCGCUUUGGGAUCCUCAGCACCGGGCAGCUCCGCGACCUGCUCCAGGACGAGCCCAAGCUGGACCGGAUCGUGCGGCUCAGCAGGAAGUUCCAGGGCCUGCAGCUGGAGCGGGAGAACUGCCUGGCCUCCAACUACGCCCUGGCCAAGGAGAACCUGGCGCUGCGGCCCCGCCUGGAGAUGGGCCGGGCGGAGCUGGCCAUCAAGUACCAAGAACUGCGCGAGGUGGCCGAGAGCUGCGCUGACAAGCUGCAACGACUGGAUGACAGCAUGCAGCGCUGGAGCCCUCACUGUGCCCUGGGCUGGCUGCAGGCCGAGCUGGAAGAAGCUGAGCAGGAGGCAGAGGAGCAGAUGGAGCAGCUGCUGCUGGGGGAGCAGAGCCUGGAGGCCUUCCUGCCCGCCUUCCAGCGUGGCCGUGCCCUGGCACACAUGCGGCGGACUCAGGCCGAGAAGCUGCAAGAGCUGCUGAGGCGCCGUGAGCGCUCGGGCCCGCCCGUGCCCCCCACCGCCGCCACUGACCCCCCAAAACCCUUACCCGCUGCAGCCGUCCUGCCCACCGGGGCUGCCCGGGGGCCACCGGCCGUACCCCGGAGCCUGCCCCCCUUGGACUCCCGCCCGGUGCCCCCGCUCAAGAGCUCCCCCGGGUGCCCUCUCGGCCCUGCACCGCUGCUGAGCCCCCGGCCCUCGCAGCCUGAACCUCCCCACCGGUAGGAUCCAGGGUAUGGCCCCCCCGGGGGGCCCAGACAAACUUUGAUUUGGAGGGUCCUCCUCCCCCCCCACUGCCCGGGUGGGGGAGGGGCAGGCCCCUUCCCCUGGCCCUGGCGGCUGAGGCAGGAGGAGGGGGUCCUGCCUCUGUUUUCUCCCAGGGGGCCUGCCCGGGGCGGGUGCCCCCUGCCCUUCCACUGGGCUCGCACAAUGCCAAGGCCUCAGGAGCGUGUACCCCACGCCUGAGUAUACCUUUCCCCCCCAGCCCGGAGCCCGGUGGUCAGGGCCCAGUUGCGGGGGUACCCCAGCUCCCCACUCAGGCCGGGCUCUGCAGGCGAGAGGGGAACCCCCACCCCGGGAAAGACCACGCUGUAUUUUUCUGUCCCGUCUCCUGAGAAUGGAACCUUUUUGAGAGCAGGUCCUUGUCUUUGUAUGUUCUGUCCCCAGCCCCGCCUCCCAGGGGCCGUCAAUAAAUGUGAUGAUGAGGA